AUGUACUCACCCGGCCUGGGGCUGCAGUACGCGCUGGGACCGCUAGAGGGGCGGGCCGAACUUGUCGGGAAGGCGUCCUUGAAGAUCCGGGAAAUAGAGCUGUCGGACGAAGGAGCAUAUUCCGUCUCUGUUGUCUUAGACAAGCUGGGGGAGGAAAGAAAAUACGUUCACUUAACUGUUAUGGUACCACCGAGGGUCACGGUGGGUCCCGCAAACCCGUACGUGGUGGAAUGGUCGCAAAACGUCACACUGUCGUGCACCACAAAGGACGCAAAACCGCCCAUCAAGGCUCUCUACUGGGAGAAAGAUGGCGAACGCAUACAGCCACCAAACAGAGACAGCGGCAAGUACGUCAAUGGAAACAUGAACGCGCCUUUCCUUCUCAUACGCAAUGUUUCAAAGGAAGAAGCUGGAAACUACGCAUGCGUCGUGGAUCACGUGACUGGUAAACACCGAUCGGCCCUUAACAUGAAAGUUCUGUAUCCCGCCAUUAUUACCAACAUCACUAAGCAGGUAGCGACUGACGUCAUCAGCCUGCACUGCUUUGCUGACGGGAAUCCCAAACCGGAAAUCAUGUGGACCAAGGCCGGAAGUUUCAUUCCUCUGGAUUCCAAACAUUUCCCCGACGACGGUAUGGCCACUCACGUUCUGGCAAACGUGAGAGCCAAUGACAGCGGCGUUUACAUAUGCACGGCAAGAAACGGGUAUGGCGUUGCUGAGUCCAGAUCACUAAGGAUCAUUGUUGCAGAUGAAGUACAGAGUCCCUGGAAGAAGACUCCACAGAUCGCUAUCAUCGCCGGUGUGUCGGCUGCAGCAGCAUGGGUUAUCGUGUGCACCGUGCUGGUGGCGUGCAGCGUGCACCGCAGGAUGAAACGCAACACGGCUACCGUUCCACGUUACGCUCUGCAACUCUCUUAUCUGGAAGGGAAGAGAAAAGGGGCGAAUGAGCACGGGCGGAAGUAUGCGAGGGUGCUGUACGACUAUGACCCGAAGGAUGACGACGAACUCCAACUACGGUCGAACGACAUCAUCGACAUCAUUCGUGGUGACAACGAGGGCUGGUGGUUCGGCUAUCUGAACGGACGAUGCGGACUGUUCCCUUCAAACUAUGUGGAGCUUAUCACGGUGACUGAGAGAGAAGCUCUUAGACUUGGAGUUCCCGAGAAUGGAAUAACCGGGCGAAACACUGACAUCAGAGCGUCUCUGCAAGACAGAGCAAUGAAGGAGUACUAUCGCAGCUUGCCACGUUGCCCGAAGGAGAGAAUACAUGCGCAUGCAGGUUCGGCCGAACAAACACAAGUGAACGGAGCUCGAGCACGGGAGUACGAGUCUCCCCGCCGUACAGGCAUCUCCAAGUGCUGAUUAUUCAAGAUGGCGGAAUAUCCUGGUAGUAGAUCUAGCUCGCCUGGCUACAUGGCUACUCGAAUUUCUGAGUGAACUGCUUAACACAGAAGACAGCGAAGAAGAAAUGAUGUCAGAUUAUCGCAUGGACGUGAAGAUAUUGAUUUACUAUCCAUGAAAUGGAGGUAUAAAAGAUAAGGCCACGUGUCAAAGACUUUGAUGCUAGCAUCUCCUACGCUGACGUCAGGCAGAGGCUACACAUUCUCAACAAGGAUAUACAUAUAGCUCAACCUGGACAUAUGGGAAGCGCCACCUGCCGACAUACGUCAUUACUGCAGUUCACAAAUAAUUUUUGUUUGUUGAACUAUUCUUUGAAUGAUAUAAAUAGAGAAAUGACUAGGUACCUUAUAUGAGAAGUCUACCAUGUAAAGUUGGACUAUUAACCUGGGACGUCGACAUUUUGUUUGAUGCUAUUGUAUGUACAUCGUCGACAGUUAAUUGUGUAAAUGUCUGACGCUGGAAAGCUGGAAUAUCGCAGCGAGUUUCGACCAUUCUGCACUUUUGACGUUUACUAAUAAUAUUACGAUUAAGGAGCCAUGAAACAAAUAACCUGAUACAUAAAGGAUUUGCCACGUAUCAAUCUUUAAGAACAGUAGAAUGCAACAUUGUUGUCCCUUAUUGACAACACCGUUGUUGUCAUAGUAUUUGGCACCUGCACUUCUCGCCCUUGUCGUCAGGUGUCUCUUAUGCCUAUCCUGUAAAAGCCAGUGAUUGGCGAAUUACUGGCCCAGUUGUAUAGCGUUUACAAGAAUAAGUUGUUUGGGUACCAUGGAUGUAUCUUAAUACAGAUGUACAAUUUUGGAGUUCGUUUGCUUGAUUUUUAUUAUAAAUGUAGGACUCGUAUAACAGGAAUCGUAUUUUUUCACUAGUGGUCUUUAAAAUGGUUACAAAGAUGACACCAAAAUACGACAUUGUCUAAUUAUUCUCAAUAUAAUGGUACCAUUCAAUAAUGAAAAUAGAAAUUUGUGCCAA